AUGCGUCUUCCUGUCGCAUUGAUUAACUGGGACCAGGAAAAGGCAUUUGAUCGAGUUAAUCAUAAAUAUCUCUUCGAAGUCCUUAAAGUUUUUGGCUUUGGAAAGAACUAUAUCAGUUGGAUUAAUGGACUUUCAACUGAUGAUAUACCAUUUGAAUCAGGUGUAAGACAAGGUUGUUCUUUGUCAGGAGGUAUCUAUGUGUUAGCGCUAGAACCUCUCUUACACCGUAUUAGAAUGAAUCCUAAAAUACCUGGACUCAUGCCACCAGGUGGCCAAUAUAAAAGUCUAUGUGAUAAGAUUCUAUUGCCUAAUGAAGAUCCUAUAAUUAAAGCGAUAGGAUAUGCUGACGAUGUAACAACGGUUGCUUUUGAAAUACAAGAUGAACAUGAAACAUUACAUAUGUUUCACUUGUAUAAUCGUGCAUCUGGUGGGAAAAUAAAUGUGGAUAAAACAGAAUUAUUUUGGAUAAGCAAUUGGCUUGAUCCACCACAUUUUCAAGCACGUAUAAAUAGAGAUUGGUGUAUAUUUCUUGGUGUACCAUUAGAUAAUAAUGAUCGUAUACCAGAUAAUGAACUAAUAAAAUUAGUUACAUCAAUCAAACAGUACAUAGGCAUGUGGUAUAGUAUGAAUUUGUCGUUAUGUGAACGUAGUACAGUUUUAAAAGUAUUUGUAUCAAGUAGAACGGUGUACACAUUCUCACUAACAACAUGUCCUAACCGGAUUAUUACCGAGUUACAAAAGAUCUGUAAUAAAUUUUUGUGGUCUAGUCUAAGACGAACCAUAAAUAUCAACACAUUAGUUGGUAAACGAAUUGAUGGUGGACUAGCAUUACCACAUGUUAAAACGAUGAUAGAGUCCUACCGUAUUUGUUUUGGACUUCGUUUACUAUCGGGUGUUAGUGUUAAAUGGAAGUUUUUUGCAUUACAAUCAAUGGCUUUUAAAUUAAGGAUAUAUGAUCCUAGUUUAUGGUCUAAUUUGAUUCCUCAUAAUAAUGUUGGCGAUACUCUGUUCCAUGAAUCAGCUGAAGCAACACGAAAAUGGUUAGCUAACGGUAAACCAAUGGCGCUUCCGGUUCGCGGUAGAGAUCCGAGUAUAUAUUGGCAUUUGAUUUAUGAUAACUCAUUUCAAUUACCAAUAAGUUAUCUAAAGAUGCCUGUGUUAUUGACACAUCGUUUUUAUAAGUUUUUAAUUAAGCUUAAUUUACCAACAAGAGUUUUUGAUGUUUGGUAUCGUUUAGCUAAUUAUGGUCUGAUAACAAGAUCAUUGUGGGGUAAGACUCCUAUUGAUAAAAGAUGUGUAUUUUGUAAAGCAGAGGAAUCACGUACUCAUUUAUGGACUAAAUGUCCUUUCUUCGAACCAGUGUGCGUCUCUCUCUUGAAUUAUGUUUGUACUACAGUUGGUGAUAUUAAUGUUCAGCGUAAUGAACAAACAAUUAUAUAUCUUCUAAACAUCGAUGGACGCUUAACUCCACCGCAUCUGAUGAACUUGGCACGACUCUUUGGAGUGUACAUUCACGUCGUGUAG